UCAUGCUCCUGACACUCGCGGGUCAGCGCCCCGCGCCCACGGUUGCUCUGCCGUCCUACAGGCGCGGCGAUCGCCUGCCAAGCGCGUGGUGCGCAGUCACUGCGGAGCUACCAGCGACAGGUGCAAACUCACGGGAUCCUCUGCGACGUCUGGUCUUCGGCGUCGGGAAGUCGCUGGAUGCGAGUCCGCUGAGCCAUGCGUCCUGGGCUCCUCUGGCUGCUGGGCUUGGCUCUGUGCUCUCUAGGCGAUGGCCACAGCCCGCGUCCUCCGUACGUCUUUCCCCAGCGUCGCUUGGGAGUACACGAGCGCCGAGACAUGCAGCGAGAGAUCUUGGCGGUGCUCGGACUGCCUGAGCUGCCCCGACCUCGUGCGCGCCCCGCCGCCUCGCGGCAGCCAGCAUCCGCGCCCCUUUUCAUGUUGGACCUGUACCACGCCGUGGCUGAUAAUGACAACAGUGGGCCCUCUCCACCUCACUUGGGGCGCUCCGACCUGGUGAUGAGCUUCGUCAACAUGGUGGAACAUGACCAUACCCUGGACUACCAGGAGCCACACUGGAAGGAAUUCCUCUUUGACCUAACCCAGAUCCCUGCUGGGGAGGCUGUCACGGCUGCUGAGUUCCGGAUAUACAAAGAGCCCAGCACCCACCCGCUCAACACAACCCUCCAUGUCAGCAUGUUCGAGGUGGUCCAGGAGCACUCCAACAGGGAGUCUGACUUGUUCUUUUUGGAUCUUCAGACGCUCCGAUCUGGGGACGAGGGCUGGCUGGUGCUGGACGUCACUGCAGCCAGUGACCGCUGGUUGCUGAACCAUAACAAGGACCUGGGACUCCGCCUCUAUGUGGAAACCGAGGAUGGGCACAGCAUGGAUCCUGGCCUGGCUGGUCUGCUGGGACAACAAGCACCACGAUCUAGACAGCCUUUCAUGGUUGGCUUCUUCAGGGUCAGCCAGAGCCCUGUUCGGAUGCCUCGGGCACUGAGGCCACUGAAAAAGAGGCAGCUAAAUAAAGCCGUCCAGAAGCAGUAUGCCAACAAACAUGCAGGGAUCUUUGAUGAUGGUCACGGCUCCCGAGGCAGAGAUGUUUGCCGUAGGCAUGAACUCUACGUCAGCUUCCGGGACCUGGGCUGGCUGGACUCGGUCAUUGCCCCCCAAGGCUACUCAGCCUAUUACUGUGCUGGAGAGUGCAACUACCCAAUGAACUCCUCCAUGAACUCUACCAAUCAUGCCAACAUGCAAGCCCUGGUACACCUGACGAAGCCAGAGGUUGUUCCCAAGGUGUGCUGUGUGCCCACCGAGCUGAGUGCCAUUUCUGUGCUCUACUAUGACAGAAGCAACAAUGUCAUCCUGCGCAAGGAACGUAACAUGGUAGUCCAGGCCUGUGGCUGCCACUGAGUCAACAGCCUGCUGCCAUUGCCAUUUAUCUGGUCAGCCCCUCUGACCAGGAAACAAGUAGACCCUAUUCUCAGAUCCAAGGCCAAGGUGGAAGGUAGGGUUUUCAACUCUUAUGUCCAUGGUCUGCCCUCUUUCACAGGCGUGGCUCUCUCCUGGCUCCUGUCCCCUACCUCUGUCCAAGGGUAGGAAGAUGGACCUGGUUACAAUCCUGGUGUCCUGAGUCCCCAAGCAGCAGCCCAUCUCUGCCCCUCCCCCAGAGGUAUCUAUCGAAUGUCCUCUGGGAUUGGCACAGACGUCUAAUUUACCCAACUAUUCAUGAUGACUACUGGCCCAGCCUGACUGGAAUCUGGAAAACUAGCUGGACCUUGGGCUCUUUAGUUGCCACCACAAGUCUUAGGUAUGUGUAGACAUGACCAACUCCCUCCAGAGAUUUCUGGAGAAGAGUUGGAAGACUAAGGCAGAAUUAUCAUGAGUUCAAGGCCAGUCUAAGAUAUGUAUCAAGACCUUUCAAAAGAACAAAAAUGCAGCCAAACAAAACCCUAGUGUGUUUAUGGAUCUCAGUCACAAAACUUCUGGCCACAGACAGGUGUAGGAGAUCAGAUGAUGAAAAAUCUGUUGUGAAUUUGACAUCUGGAUUCAGCCAUUGCCAUUAAAGGAAAUACCAGCA